AUGGCUCAGGGAAGGGGCAGUGCAGUGGGUGUGGGUGCAGCCAUGGCUUGCUUGCUGCUGCUCCAAUACACUGACAUGGUUCGUGCCGCAGUUUUCACUGUUGGCGAUGAUCAUGGCUGGACCUUCAACGUCGAAUCCUGGCCUAACCAAAAGCUCUUCCGGGCUGGUGACACACUCGUAUUCAACUACAGCCCAGGGUCACACAACGUGGUGGGAGUGAACAGUGUGGGGUACAACCAGUGCAUGGCUCCAAGGGGUUCCAAGGUUUUGGAAUCAGGGAAGGAUCAAAUGAAGCUGGUUAAGGGACAGAACUUCUUCAUCUGCACAGUCCCAGGCCACUGCCAGGCCGGGAUGAGGAUAGCCAUCAAUGCAGCUUAA